AUGGAGAAAUUAAUAUAUUUUCCAAUUGAUGUUUUGGAAAUAAUAUUUCAACAAAUAAAUCAACAUAUGGUUUUGUCGUUGAUGCCCUUACAUUCCAAAUUUUAUGAGAUUGGCCGAAACAAGCUAUACAGAAAUAUUUAUCUUUACCGCAAAGAUAAACUAAUGGAAACAAAUAGUCGCGAAAUAAAUGAUGCAGAGAAAUACUACGAGUGGAGAGUUCAUAAAGACAUUUUGAAUGACUUUAGUAAAAAGUUUACCGUAAUUUCAUCAAGUACUUUUACUCGCAACAUCAUUAAAAAGAAAAUGAUCAGGAAUCAACAUAUACAUCAUCUUAGUAUUGAAAAGUUGCGCCCUGUAGUGUAUACCGGAUACAAGUUAUAUGUAGAUUACAAUGCGGUACCCACAUUAUUGAAAGAAAUAAUAAGAUAUUUUGAAAGUAUAGAUUAUGUUAGCUUUGGUUCAUUAAACAACAAAUUUGAUAUGAAAAACAAAAAUUGUUCUAUUGAUGUAUUGAAAAAUUUAGAAUUUUUGAGUCCUGACUAUAUUCCUGGCUUGUAUGAACGUACAUUGUUUUUGGAGAAAAAUAAACACGGGUCAUUUGAAUUCUUGUAUAAUAAUCUCAAAAGUUUGAAAUUUCCGCUCGAAGGCUCUACAUUGAGUGAGCAUAAUGAUGAUGAUGAUGAUGAUGAUGAAUUGCCAGAUAGUAUCGAAUUGUUCAACCAAAUCAACUUAUUCAAAAACCUCGAAGAAUUACAUCUUCAAUUUGAUAGACUCAUUGAUUUAUCGGAUUCACUGUUUCUUACAAAUUCGAAUAAGCUAGAAUGCAAAUUGAAAAAACUUGAUCUGAUGUUUUGGGCUAAGCUAAGAUUCGGUAAGCUGGACUAUUUUAAUACAGAACAAUUAAAUACAUUAUCAUUAUAUUACCUAAAUGAUACAGCAAUCGACGAAGACGAAUACUUUUAUCAGAAAUUCGAGUUCAAGGAAUUAUUAACCAAUGCCAAUUUAGCAAACUUGAGAACUUUAGUUUUAACUUCACCUUCUUUUGAUUUGAAAUCGAUUAAAGUGAAAACAUUACUUAAAUUAAUAAUAUGUACUGAAACUGCUGAUGAUGAGGAUGCCAUUGAAAUUGCCAAGCUUUACCUUAAAAACCCAACAUUAAGAUUAUCUUGGUGGCCACGAUAUAUGGAUACACAUAAAUAUGAUAUAUUUGUUUAUUCUGAGUACUUACAAUUAUACUCACCUGAGUAUUACCAAAUUAUAUCUUGUCAAUGGCCAUCUUACUUUUUCAAAAGCAAUAUUAUUUCGAUUGGUAAAAAACAAAAAAAAAGAAGGUUAACUUCUCAUAAGCAAGAUAAUAACAGCUCAAGAAGACUAGAUAUAGUUUUAAAAACCGAAUAUACUAUUGAAGAACUUUGUGGCAUGCACCUUUUUGAGACAUCAAUUGUUUACGGAGAUGUUUUAGAUGUUUUCAAGAGAUACGAAAAAAAUUUUAAUUUUGAAGACUGUUUCUAA